AUGUUCCGCAACACCUACGACAGUGACAACACGGUGUUCUCACCGCAAGGUCGUCUGCAUCAGGUCGAGUACGCCCUCGAAGCCGUCAAGCAAGGAUCGGCCGUGGUCGGUCUUCGCAGCAACACACAUGCCAUCCUCGUAGCGCUCAAGCGAGCGCCCUCUGAGCUCGCCUCGUACCAAAAGAAGAUGCUCCGCAUCGACAACCACAUGGGCAUUGGCUUUGCUGGUCUGACAUCCGAUGCUCGUGUUCUGUCGACGUACAUGCGUCAACUCGCCCUUUCGUCCCGCCUGGUCUACUCGCGUCCGCUUCCUAUCUCGCGCGUGGUCGACUCGCUCGCGGACCGCGCGCAGUUCAACACCAUGGACUACGGCAAGCGCCCCUAUGGCGUAGGCUUCCUCAUCAUCGGCGUUGACGACACAGGUCCCCACCUGUACGAGUUUUCUCCCACCGCCAACUGCUUCGAGUACUACGCCAUGUCGAUUGGCGCCCGCUCGCAGUCGGCAAAGACGUACCUCGAGAGGAAGUACGAGGAGUUCCCCAACGCGAGUCUCGAGGAUUUGGUCCUUCAUGGGCUGUUCGCGCUCAGGGAUACUCUGCCCCAGAACAAAGAUCUCGAGUUGGACCAGGUCAGCGUAGCUGUGGUCGGGCCGGGUGCGGAUGCGGAUGUCAACUCGCCACAGGCAAGGAGGGGAGAGAAGUUCAGGGUGGUCGAGGGUGAGGAGUUGAGGCCAUACAUGGACAGGCUCGAGCCAAAGACGAUUCCCGGUGCUAGGGCGGUGGCGACGACUGAGGGCGAGGGUGGAGCUGGUGAGGGAGAGGCAGCUGCGGGGACUGGUGGUGAGGCGCCGAUGGAGGACUAG